CUGGAACAAGAAAAAGGAAAAAAACUGUAAAACAAAACAACCACCAAUUCUCGAAUCAAUUUCACAGAGCGAUAAUGGAGGCCAUGUCUGGAGCUUCGUCAUCUUCCUCAUCGUCUGUGGAAUUCCAUUUUUACGAUGAUUUCGAGUAUGAAUUUGUUGAAGAUGUCGAACGCCUUUCGAACUGGGAGUUCCUCAAUGCUUCUGAUGCCGAUUCAGAAAUGGACGGAAAUGGAGGCGAAAAAGAGGGUAAAAACUGCUGCGUGGUUGCUCGAAUUCCUGAAGAUCUCCGAGAAAUUAUUUCUCCUGUUGUUGUGGUGCCGAUUUCUCUUGCGGAGGAUCGGAUCUUCGAUCCUUUGGAAGAUGUUUAUUUCCUUCAGAAUCACGCGGAGGACGGUUUUGCGUACGGCUACAACGAUGCGGAGGAGGAUGAACCCGACAAAGACGACGACGACGACGACGACGACGAUGAUGAUGAAGAUGAGUUAGAUUUGGACGAUGAACUCGUUCCGUGGUCUGUCAGUGACAAACUCGGACGGCAGCGGAUGAGGAAAUUGGGGAAAAGAGGAUUUACGAGGAUGUAUAAUUCGAAGAGAUCGCCGUUUUUGUUCACCAAGCCUGGAUGCGUCCGCGGCAAGCACGGACUCGGCUUGAAGCAUAGUUAUUAGAACAAGAACAGAUUCAAGAACUCUGCUCGAUCAAGUGCCUAAGAAAGGUAAACCAAAUCGAAUCCCAAUAUGACGUAGAAGCAAAUACUACAUAGCUGUAAUAACAAGUAUAGUGGUUGCGUUUGUUGUAAGUAGUUGUAGUAACUAGUUACCCUGUAAAUCGAAUUUGCUCUGAUGGUUUCUGUUGAUUUCCAAGGCUUGGAUUGAUGAUGAACACUAACUCGAAUAUCAUCUUCGUGAAUUAAUCAUCAAUCUUAUGUCCACAAAAAUUGUUACGCUAA